AUGGAUUUCGAAGAGGCUGAAGACAUUAACGGUGUGCGUUUCGCUUGGAAUUCUUUUCCUUCGACGAAGAUUGAAGCAGGCAAGAUUGUUGUGCCAACUGGAGCUCUCUACACACCAUUGAAAUAUAGAGAGGAUUUACCUAUCGCUGCUUAUGAUCCAACAUUUUGUAAUAGCGCAACCUGCAGAAGUAUUUUAAAUCCAUACUGCUCUGUCGACCCAAAUGGCUUUUGGCACUGCUCAAUUUGUGGUACAAGAAAUCCUCUUCCAGCUCACUACCAAGGAAUCAGCCAGGACAAUUUACCAGUGGAGUUGAACCCUACCAGUUCAACUAUGGAAUACAUAACGGCUCGACCAGUACAGAACCCUCCGAUUUUCUUUUUUGUGGUUGAUUUGUGCCAAGAUGAUGAUAAUUUGAAAGCUCUUAAGGAAACUUUAGUUAUAUCAUUAAGCUUAUUACCUCCAAAUGCACUCGUUGGGUUACUUACAUUUGGAACUAUGGUUCAGGUACAUGAUUUAGGUUCUGAAAAGGUUAAUAAAUCUUAUAUUUUUAGAGGAGAUAAAGAAUACAACGAGAAGCAAAUAAGUGAUAUGUUGAACAAACCAGUCUUAGCUAACCAAGGUCAACGUCCCCAAUUUGCAAAUUCUUUAAGCAGAUUCUUUUUACCUGUUGAAGAUGUGGAAUUUCAAUUGACAUCUAUUUUAGAAAAGCUAACUAGAGACCCUUGGCCAGUGGCGAAUGGUGACAGGCCAUUAAGGUCAACUGGAUCGGCUUUGAACGUCGCAGCAAACCUUUUAGGAUUAACCUAUCCUGGAUUCGGUGCAAGAAUCAUGCUUUUCAGUGCUGGAUUAGGGACGUUAAACCCAGGAUUAACAGUAGGUCAAAAAUUAAGGGAGCCUAUUAGGUCCCAUAGUGAUAUUGAUAAAGACAACGCAAAGCAUUAUAAAAAGGCAGUCAAGUUUUAUGACUCUCUAGCUACAAAAGUUGUCAAAAACUCACAUACAGUGGAUGUAUUUGGGGGUUGCUUGGAUCAAAUCGGAAUGUUGGAAAUGAAAAAUUUAUGUAGCAAAACGGGAGGUACUAUCUUGUUAACUGAUGCUUUCUCGACUUCGAUUUUUAAACAAUCGUUCCUAAGGCUUUUCAAUAAAGAUGAAGAAGGUUAUCUUUUAAUGGGAUUCAAUGGCACAUUUGACAUCAAGACUUCAAGAGAGUUGAAAGUCAGUGGUUUAAUUGGACACGCAUCCUCACUUAAUAUAAAAUCGUCCAACGUUUCCGAAAAUGAGUUGGGAAUUGGUGGUACGUCGCAAUACAGGUUAUGCUCUGUGACUCCUCGUCAUACUUAUGCUGUCUUCUUUGAUGUUUCUAAUACUCAACCUUUGCCACCAAAUGCCCAAAGUUUCAUUCAAUUUAUCACCCAUUACCAACACUCAUCUGGAACUUAUAGAAUUCGGGUUACUACUAUAUCUAAUUUCUUAACUAGUGACGAGCAGACGCUAACAAAUUCAUUUGAUCAAGAGGCAGCAGCAGUCUUGAUGUCAAGAGUAACAUUGUUUAAAGCAGAACAAGAUGAUGGUGCAGAUGUUUUGAGGUGGAUUGAUCGUAUGCUAAUAAGGUUAUGCCAGAAAUUCGCCGACUAUAGGAAAGAUGUUCAAGAAUCUUUCAGGCUUGGCCCACAGUUUCAAUUAUACCCACAAUUUAUUUACUACUUGAGAAGAUCGCAAUUCUUGCAAGUUUUUAAUAACUCUCCGGAUGAAACUGCUUUCUACAGACACGUUUUCUUGACAGAAGAUACCAAUAAUUCAUUAAUUAUGAUUCAACCUACGUUGACGUCUUUCUCAUUAGAUGGUGAACCAGAGCCUGUAUUAUUAGAUUCAAUUUCACUCAGGGACGACACAAUAUUAUUGUUAGACACAUUUUUCCACAUUUUGAUCUAUCAUGGUAAAACAAUUGCUCAAUGGAGAAAGGCUGGAUAUCAGAACCAGCCCGAAUAUGAGAACUUCAAAACAUUAUUAGAUGAACCAAAACAAGAAGCAGCGGAAUUGUUAGUAGAUAGAUUUCCAUUGCCGAGAUUUAUCGAUACUGAAGAAGGAGGCUCGCAAGCAAGAUUCUUAUUUUCAAAAUUGAACCCCUCUACCACAUAUAACAAUAAUGGCUUCGCAACAAGCGGUGGUGCUGUUGUCUUAACGGACGAUGUUUCGUUGCAAGUAUUUAUGAGCCACUUGCAAAAUUUGGUUGUAUCAGGUUCAAGCUAA